AUGUCCUCUCAACCCCAAAUACCAAUCCUACUCCUAAAAACAAAAUCCUCUCCACACGACGGUUACGAAGAUUACUUCUCCACAAACGGCUACAACCCCACCUUCAUCCCCGUCCUCGAACAUCGCUUCCACAGGGACAACCUAGCUACUGUCCGCGAUUUCUUUGCGUCUGGUGCUUUCAAUGCAGACACCACCACUACCACGAGUACUACCACAAGCCAUAAUGGGAAUAAUGAGGAUAAUGGCAGUGAUAAGAAGUAUGGCGGUAUGAUAUUUACCAGCCAGCGCGCGUCCCAUUCACUCCCUCAAAACAACCCCCACCCCCUCCCCCUCUACACCGUCGGCCCCGCCACAGCCCACGCCCUCACAACCCUCCGCAACAAAUACCUACCCAGCGCAACAAUCCACGGCGCAGACGCCGGUAACGGACAAAAAUUAGCAUAUUUGAUGUUGGAGCAUUAUAAUGGGUUAUACCCAGACACCACUACCACCAAUGCUACUGCGAAACCAUCCCUCCUCUUCCUAGUCGGCGAACAGCGCAGAGAUAUCAUACCGAAAACACUCAUGGAUCCCGCCAGACCGGAGAGCCAACGGAUAAACGUUGAUGAAAUCGUCGUCUAUGAAACCGGUGAAAUGGAUUCUUUUGAGAAUGAUUUUAGGGAUGCGGUGAGCAAGGAGGUACACGGCCAGCAAGGCCUAGGAGGAAAAGGACCGCUUUGGGUGGUUGUUUUUUCGCCGACGGGGUGCGAGGGGAUGUUGAGGGUUCUUGGGAUGGGGCCGUUCAAGAAUCAGGACCAGGAUCAAGGUUCGGGUGCGCAUGAAAAGCAGCGGGAUGUAUUCAUUGCGACUAUCGGGCCGACGACGAGGGAUUACUUGAGGGAGACGUUUGGGUUUGAGGCGGAUGUUUGUGCGGAGAAGCCGAGUCCGGAGGGGAUCGCGGAGGGGAUACGGAGGUUUAUGGAUGCGAGGGGGGAUUGAGAACAGGC